UCGGGGACGUAGAAAAUAUGACACCGUUUCAAAGCUCUCGCACUCUUUUCAUGUAAAAGUAUGGCGAUGACAAAAGAUAUAAAAUCUGUCUUUGAUGAAGCUGUUAUUUUAGAGAAAACAAACAAAGAAGCUUCUAUAGAAUUGUUGACAAAUGUUUUGAAGAAAGAUAUUGGUACAAACCUUGAGGACAUUGAAUACAAAGCACAAGUUAUCUCCAAGCUGGGAGAUUUAUUGUCAGAACAGAAGAAUGCUUCAGGGCUUGCUUCCUUGAUAAAGGUUACUCGACCAUUUCUUGGAAUGGUGAGCAAAGCCAAAGCAGCUAAACUGGUACGAAAUUUAGUUGAUCACUUUCUGGAUCUUGAGGCUGGAACUGGAAACGAGGUUUCACUAUGUAAUGAGUGUAUUGAUUGGGCGAAAAAUGAGAAAAGGACAUUUUUACGACAAGCACUUGAGGCAAGAUUAAUUUCAGUGUAUUAUGAUACUAAAAGUUAUGAAAAAGCUUUGGCCCAAUCUGCUACAUUGCUGAAAGAACUGAAGGAAUUAGAUGAUAAGGCAUUGUUGGUAGAAGUGCAACUUUUAGAAAGCAAGAUCUACUAUGCCCUCUCUAAUCUGCCAAAAGCCAGGGCUGCUUUGACUUCAGGAAGAACUACAGCAAAUGGCAUUUACUGUCCACCUAAACUCCAGGCAGCUUUAGAUUUGCAAUCAGGUAUCCUCCAUGCUGCUGAUGAGAAAGAUUUUAAGACUGCAUAUUCAUAUUUUUAUGAAGCGUUUGAAGGUUACGACUCUAUCGACAGUCCCAAAGCCAUCAUAGCUCUAAAAUAUAUGUUAAUGUGUAAAAUCAUGCUCAAUCUAGCUGAUGAAGUGCAAGCAAUUGUCAGUGGGAAAAUAGCUCUGAAAUAUACAGGCCCUAAUAUUGAUGCUAUGAAAAGUAUAGCUCAAGCAAGCCAGAAGAGAUCGUUAGCUGAUUUCACUGAGACUUUAAAUCGCUACCAAGAAGAACUCUUUAAAGAUCCCAUUGUGCAAGUACAUUUUCUAACUCUUUACGACAACCUGCUGGAGCAAAAUCUUUGCCGAAUUAUUGAACCAUUUUCCAGAGUUCAGAUCAAGCGUAUUGCAGAAAUUAUUAAAUUAUCACAGAAUGAAGUUGAGAAGAAUCUGUCAAAGAUGAUCUUGGAUCGAAAACUGCAUGGAAUUUUGGAUCAAGGAGCAGGUGUUCUAAUAGUUUUUGAUGAGACCCCUGUGGACCAGACAUAUGGUAACGCUCUGGAAACUAUUCAAAAUAUGGGCAAAGUAGUUGAUGCUCUUUACCACAAAGCAAAAAAACUCACAUAAACUUAUUUUCAAUUUUUAGUAUUUUUUUUUUUUAAAUAUCCACUUCCAUAACAUGUAAUUACCUUUUCAUUUGUGUCUAGAAUUUUGUGUAAUGUUGCUUUUCCAAAAUAUUCUAUUGUUACAGUAUUUAAUUAUGAAACAACAAAAAUAGGCAAAUAAACAAGAAAUAUUCAGCCUCCA